AUAUUCGCACUUUCUAGUUUCCUAAGUGAAUCCAAAUGCUUACGCAUUCUCGACAUUCGAUCGAAUCAUAUCAAUUUGGCUGCAUUGAUGGCCUUGUCAAAGACCUUGUCGGUCAAUCGAACACUAACCAGUCUGCUCUCAGACGCGCGCAACAUGACUUCCACUGAAGAUCCUGUAAUAGCGACGGACGCAGAACUUAUCCUCUAUCUGAUCGAGGAAAUCGAUCAAUGUUUGCGUCGAAAUCGAGCCUUGAAUCAGCCUUCUCCGCCCGUUUUUAUCCAGCAAACGGAGCUCCCUUCAAGUACAUCUACUAGUGUGACGGAUAUUGACCCCGCAUCUCCACAGUUGGUCAACCGUAGCGAGCAGGUCAAACCGACCAAAGANGACUCGCACUCACCCAAUUCGACUAAAGUAGAAACCGAUUCCGAUCCCAGUGAGCCAGACUCGGAAGAUCCGUGUACAUUCAAAUGGUCGGACAAAAAGCUGGUGGAAUUGCGCAGCUCGAUCGAAGUGCCCGAACCACUUCCGCAAUCUAGUAGUUUUCUCUCUGAUCCAGUCUCUCCCAUCGAAUUCCCAAUUGAGAAUUCCACAAAUUCACGCGAGUCCGAUCACGAGGAUUUUGACUGGGAUUGGCCAAAGCUGACUGAGACGGAAUCAGAGCCAAUCCCGAAUCCACCAAUCGAGUCACUUUCCGCCCCUCCUAAAACGGAAGAUUUGCAUACGGUGAAUUCAUCCAAUUGCACCGAAUCCCAUUCGAGUACGGUUUCUGGUGCGUCCGGAGAUGGGAUGACGUCUCGUCGGGCUCGUCGAAAACAUAUGAAAUCGGCUCACUCCACAAAACCGGUAGCCACUUGA